UCUCUCUCUCUCUCUCUCACUGAGUCUCUCUAUCUUCUUCUCUUAUUGAUGUCAUCGAUCAUGUCGGAUCAGGAGCUCACAGACUACGAGCGCAAGAGGCUCGACAACAUCUGGCUGAACGUGGAAAUGGUGGCUACCCUCGAGCUUCACUCCAUGGCCACUCAACUCUCCGCCUCAACCAAGCGCCACAGAGCUCAGAAGAAACCCAAAACAGAGGCCCCGAUUGUAAUGCUGCGGUCUCUGCGUACCAGAGGAAUGCCACCGGAGGUCGAAGAUCUCCACGUCAAGUCAGCCGCCAAGAACCCGAAGCCUCUGACCCGUGCGAAGCCCGGUGCAAAACGAGCCGAGUCAGCUGCCAGGAUCCAUAAGCCUCUGACCACCACUGCCAAGCCUGGUGCACCCCGCCCUCUAAAUGUUGAAGAUGAGUCUAGUCGAGCAUUGAUUAAAACCCUUGUCGGUAUUGAGAAGAAUUCUGGAGUGGAUUCUUCAGUUGGAGUGGAAUUUGGUAGCGUUAAGGCUUGGGAAGACCAAAUUUGCAAAAAUUUGGUUAAGCGAGUGGAAUUUGUUAGCCUUGAGGCUUGGGAAGACCAAAUUUCCAAAAAUUUGGUUAAGAGAGAUGACAUUGAUGGUGGGAGUUGUUUGAAGUUGUCGUCUUUGACUCUGAAUUCAGAGAAUGUAGCACACGUCAUGCCGGGACGGAUUACGGAGGUCAAGUUUCUUCCUUGGUAGUAAUUCAAGGAUGAUUGUGGCCGGAAACAUUUCAGGUUAUAUUGUAUUUUGGAAUCUUGAUUCUAAUGGAGAGGGAGAAGAUGGGAUCUAUCUGAAUCAUCCACAUUGGGGUCCUAUUUUACAGGGAUUUCAGUUCAGCACCAUUGCAUGUCCAAGAUAUUUAGCAGUUGUUAUGAAGGAGUUGUCCUGUUGAUGGAUGCUGGGAGAAAGGUGUUUGAUCUAGUAUAUCCCUGUGAAAAUAUUAUAUUCUCUUUCUCUCAACAACCAAACGAUGGAAACUGCUUAUAUUUUUGUGAGGGGUGUGGAGGUUUGAAUAUCUUUGAUAAGAGGACAGGAAACUGCCCAACCAAAUGGAGUUUGCAUGGUGAUAGGAUUAGCACCAUUGACUUCGAUCCAGGAAACCCGAACAUCAUCCCCACUAGUUCCUCAGAUAGAACUGCCUCUAUCUGGGAUUUGAGAAAUAUUAAUGCGGAUAAGCCUAAGACCUUGAAAACGGGUAGCCACGAAAGGGCUGUACAUUCUGCUUAUUUCUCAUCCUAUGGAAGUUCCCUCGCUACAACUAGGUAUGUACUAGACAGUGUUGUUUUUCAUCAUAUGAUUCUAUUAGGCAAUAUUUACUACCCGAAAGAAAAUCAUAUCAGCAAUUUGGUUGAUAGUGAAAGUGAUAGAUGAGGUGAAAACCUCUGGAUUUCUUAAAAUUAUCAACACUUCUAUUAAAUGCAUAUAGAAUUACGGUUAUAUUUUUUUAGUUCAGUCUGCAGCAAUAGAGCUCAAAAAUAAGAUGACGUUCAGUUUAAGU